GAGAGGCAGAUACGGAGGUCCACAGACAGCAGCGGCGUGCAGAGUGCAGCAUGCAGACUGGCCACUGACGCUGCUGUUGGAUUGAACACACAUGCAGACACACACACACCCCUGAGGAGUGUAUGAGACAUGCCCAGGCUGCUGUCCAUGGACACACACACACUGGCAGGGCACCAGAGAGGAAAUACAGCAAACCCCCGAGCCUGAGGAGCUAUGGAGAGCAGCAUGUUCUUUGGUAACACAUGUCAAAAUGGCCUCAUGCCUGCAUUGGUGCGUCCCACCCUGCCUGCUGUCCAGACCUCGCUGGCCAUGAAGCAGUUUCUACCUAUUCCUUUGGAUACAGCCUCAGCGGUCAGCCUCUUUCCAGGAUUCAACACAAUGGACCCGGUGCAGAAAGCCGUCCUCCAUCACACCCUCGGACUCCCUCCCACCGCCAAGAGGAAGCAUGUCUCCUGCAGCGUUUGCCAGCUGAGGUUCAACUCACAGAGCCAGGCCCUGGCCCACUACAAGGGCACCAAACAUGCCAAGAAGCUAAAAGCCCUGGACGCCCCGAAGAGUAAGCUCAAAGGCUCAGUGGUCACCAAGGAAACCGCCAACCAGGAGAUGGCCAAGGGCAUCAACACCUCACAGGUCCCCAACAACACUGAGAGGAAAGAUGGCCUCCCUGGAACAGCGCCCCUAGCGUUUUCCCCCGUGCUCAGAACAGCACAACCCCUGGCAUCCUUGGCGACCCCUACCACGCCGACGCCAGCACCUGUGGCCUCGCUGACAGUGCCGAGCAGCACGGCGGCCACAGCCCCAGAGACUACCUCAGCUGCUGGGGGAGAAGAGGGGCACUCAAAGCUAAAUUCCCCAUCAGAACCCGACCUCCCGGAGCCCGAUGCCGAACCCGAAGUGGAGACAGACGCAGAAACGGAGGAGGAGAAAGCUCGUCGUCUUCUCUACUGCUCCCUCUGCAAAGUGGCAGUCAACUCCGCAUCACAGCUGGAGGCUCACAAUAGCGGUACGAAGCACAAGACGAUGCUCGAGGCCAGGAGCGGCGUGGGUUCCAUCAAGUCUUUUCCUCGAGCAGGAGUCAAAAGCAAACUGGCUACAUCCUCCAAAUCAUCCACAGGCCUGCAGAACAAAACGUUUUACUGUGAGACAUGUGACGUGCACGUCAACUCAGAGACUCAGCUAAAACAGCACAUCAGCAGCCGACGUCAUAAAGACCGAGCAGCAGGUAAACCAGCCAAACCGAAAUAUAGCCCCUACAGCAAACCACAGAAAGGCCAGACCAAGCAGCCGAUAAAAUUGAUUUUGGGGAAGGAGCGCCAGUGUCAGCCUCUGACCACACAGAUCAUACCUGCUCACCUGGCGGCAGUGGCAGCAGCUGCCGCAGCCAUCGGCAACUCUUUCACGCACCGCACGAACAGCGCCACUAAUCACACCCCGACCCCUGCGCUCUUUCAGACACAAACCCUGCCUGCUGCACUGCUCCGCCCAGCCCCCGGGCCUGUCAGGACCUCCCAUCCACAAGUCCUAUUUGCCCCUUAUUGACCCGUUCGACCCAGCUGGAGCUACUCUGCCUCUGCUCAAGGAACUGACCAUACGGGUCACCCAGACCAGGCCAAGGAGUGCUUUCGGCAACCGUACUGCUUCUAUGCAUCCAGAAUACUGAACAUCAUUGUGUCAUUAUCGGACCUGUACUGUUUCUCACCUCUCCUCAUGUGGAUUAACCUCCAUUCAGAGCAUCGGGUGCUUUCUCAUGCUGGAUUUAUUUCUCUAAUCUCACUGGACUUUACAUGCUUUCUGUGCCAUCCUGCUGCCCAUGGCUCAUGCCUAGACCCCGGACUUGAACCUACAUUGUACCGCAAUAAUAUAUAAGACUAACCCCGUGAACUAUGCAGUGUCAUUAUUUCAUGAAGCGAGGCGCAGUUUGAGCUAAAAUAUGGUGGGGAUAUGCUUUCUGUAAAGAUGCAGCGUGGCACUUAGAUCACUGCUUUGGUGGAGGAUUACUGUCACUCAUAAUUUAAAAGGUUGUUACAAAUUGUAGGAGUGAGCAAAGCCCUCCUCUGUUCCUGUAUGCACUUUAAGCCCCUCCUCCGUUGAUGUCUGCAUUAGAUGGUUAGACUAUGUUAGAUGGUUAGUAUAUGUCGUACUGUGUGUUUUUUGUAUCCGUCCUUGCAUAAGUGUGUGUGUGUGUGUGUGUGUGUGUGUGUGUGUGUGUGUGUGUGUGUGUGUGUGUGUGUGUGUGUGUGAGUGAGAGAGAGAAAGCUUUCCAUCCACCAUAAGCCAUCCCAGUCGAUAUCCAGCGCACAUUGUCACUGACCAUGUCUCGGGCCAGAGGGACCACAAAGGCUUGUCUGUGUUAACUGUCAAUGUGUAAAAGGUGAACAGUUUCAAAUAAAAGAGCCCUAAUUUGUUAA